AGGUGCUCAAAAUAGUUGUUUUAUGUGCUAUAGAGUGAUGGUGAUGACAUUCAUAGAUCAUACCUCUCUCUCCUAUUUAUUUCAACCUGAAUAGCCACACUCCAUAUUUCCCAUCACCACACACACAACUAGGAACUGACCCAUUUUACAUUUCCUUCCUUCUUUCUUUCUUUCUUUCCUUCUUCUGUUAGCUAGGGCCAUGGCCAUGCUCAUGGCCAAAAGACAGAUCUUUUUUCUCAUAGUCUAUGUGCUGCACUUCCUUGUGGUUUCUGCUAGUGCUAGAAACCAUGCAGUAAAUACAGAAGAAGAAGAAGCUGACAGGAUAAUUUCACUUCCUGGUCAACCAAAGGUGUCAUUUCAACAAUUCUCAGGUUAUGUUACUGUUGAAAGAAUUGCCGGUAGAGCUCUCUUUUACUGGCUCACCGAAGCUGCUUCUGAUCCCUUGUCUAAACCUUUGGUUGUUUGGCUCAAUGGAGGUCCAGGUUGCUCUUCAGUGGCCUAUGGGGCAUCAGAGGAAAUAGGUCCAUUUAGAAUAAACAAAACUGCCUCAGGUUUAUAUUACAACAAAUUCUCCUGGAACACUCUGGCCAACCUCUUGUUCUUGGAAACUCCUGCUGGCGUUGGCUUCUCUUACAGCAACCGCUCUUCGGAUUUGCAAGAUACCGGAGAUAUCCGCACCGCUAAGGACUCACUGGAAUUCCUGGUUCGAUGGAUGGAUAGAUUCCCGCGAUACAAACUCCGCGAAGUGUAUCUUACAGGAGAGAGCUACGCAGGCCAUUAUGUUCCACAGCUAGCUAGAGAAAUUAUGAUAUACAAUAAAAUGUCUAAGCAUCCAAUAAAUCUUAAAGGAAUUAUGGUCGGCAAUGCAGUUACAGAUAACUACUAUGACAACCUUGGCACGGUGGCGUACUGGUGGAGCCACGCGAUGAUAUCUGAUAAGACAUAUCAGCAACUCAUGAACACAUGCGAUUUUCGCAGGCAGAAAGAAUCAGAUGAAUGCGAAUCAUUGUAUAGUUAUGCUAUGGAUCAAGAAUUUGGCAGCAUUGAUCAGUACAAUAUUUACGCACCCCCUUGUAACAAUUCUGAUGGCAGCACAACUACUGGCCAAACCAUUCGGUUGCCUCACCGUCCCCAUAAGAUUUUCCGGCAGCUAUCUGGCUACGAUCCUUGUACUGAAAAGUAUGCUGAGAUUUAUUACAACAGGCCAGAUGUACAGAGAGCACUCCAUGCCAACAUAACCAAGAUUCCUUACAAGUGGACUGCCUGCAGCGAACUUCUGAAUCGAAACUGGAACGACACAGAAGUUUCUAUUCUACCAAUUUACAGGCAAAUGAUUGCUGGUGGCCUGAGAGUCUGGGUAUUCAGUGGGGAUGUAGACUCUGUGGUGCCAGUUACAGCCACUAGAUAUUCCCUUGCACAGCUGAAAUUAACAACAAAAGUUCCAUGGUAUCCUUGGUAUGUCAAGAAGCAGGUGGGAGGAUGGACUGAGGUAUAUGAAGGGCUAACAUUUGCAACAGUGAGAGGAGCUGGUCAUGAAGUCCCACUUUUCAAACCCAGAGCAGCUCUUCAGCUAUUCAAAUCAUUCUUGAAAGGAGAGCAACUUCCCAAGUCUUAAAGAUAUAGAGAGACAGAGAAGGGAAAGAAAAUUUCUCUCCAGAUUCAGUUAAUUAACAAGUUUUAUUCUGCAUUAAUAUUAUUGCUGUAGUCUUAUAAACAAACGAAUUGUCUCAACUUUUAACCAUUGAAAGAAAUUAGUAGGAAGAGAAGAAGUAAAAGAAAUAGAGAAAGCAAAAAUUGGUGUUGGUGGAGAAAGGUUUUGCUUGUAAUUCAUUAUGCAUUAGUUCAAAUAUUGAUUUCCAAUGAUUUGGUGGGAAUAAGUGAUUAAAGAAAAGGGGAUAAUCUCUUAGUUC